GGAUGCUGGAGCUUGGCUUGGCUUGAGGAGCAGAUUUCUCAGGGGACGCAACUUAUUCACACACUCUACCGUGAUAAAAAUGAACUGUUGUCUUCAUUGAAAAGAAGCGGUAUAAGGUCCACCUAACACAUGCCGCCCAAAACGGUUACUUAAAGUCUACGGAAAGAUUAAGAUGGUACUAUGGCUGCGUUUUAUGUAGCGGAAUGAGGAGCUCUGAAACUAAGCUGCCACUGCUGUCUGAUGAUGAUGCCACCACCACCACCAUAUUGAAAACCAGAAAAAGUCUUUGAGCAUUUUUUUUCCUGUAUAAAGUCUUCACUUGCGGAUGGAAGGACAGUUGAAUGGUGAUCUAACUGGGCUUAGUUCAGUGGUGGAGCACAUACUUGCUUUCACUUCAGGAUGAAGAAGGAAGGAUGAUGGAUGACUUGUAGCCUAUUGCCAAAUCCUGGCACUGCUGCACAUCCAGCAGUACUUCUACAUGAUCCCAUGACUCUUGAUAUGGAUGCGGUCCUGUCAGACUUUGUUCGGUCCACAGGGGCAGAACCGGGUUUGGCAAGAGACUUGCUAGAAGGCAAAAAUUGGGAUUUGACAGCUGCCCUGAGUGACUAUGAGCAGCUUAGGCAGGUUCAUACAGCUAAUCUGCCACAAGCGUUCAACGAAGGGAAGUAUCCUAAGCCGCAGCAGGAAACGGAUCCUUCCCAACAGGUGAACAAGAGUGAGCGACCAUCACUUCAAAGACAGGAUGACAUUGCUCAAGAAAAGAGGCUGUCUAGAGGAAUUUCUCAUGCCAGCUCAGCCAUAGUCUCCCUUGCUCGGUCCCAUGUGGCCAGUGAAUGCAACAAUGAACAUUUUCCUUUGGAGAUGCCCAUCUACACAUUCCAGCUCCCUGACCUUAGUGUUUACAGUGAAGACUUUAGAAGCUUCAUUGAGCGGGACUUGAUUGAGCAAGCAACCAUGGCUGCUCUGGAACAAGCUGGUCGGCUUAACUGGUGGUCCACAGUGUGUACAAGCUGUAAACGCCUUCUCCCACUGGCCACCACAGGGGAUGGCAACUGCCUGUUGCAUGCGGCUUCCCUAGGAAUGUGGGGGUUUCAUGACCGGGACCUUGUAUUACGGAAAGCGCUUUACACAAUGAUGCGAAGUGGAGCUGAAAGGGAAGCCCUGAAGAGAAGGUGGCGCUGGCAGCAGACACAGCAGAAUAAAGAGUCAGGGUUAGUUUACACAGAAGAAGAGUGGGAGCGGGAAUGGAAUGAACUGCUCAAACUGGCUUCCAGUGAACCACGAACUCACUUCAGCAAAAAUGGAGGCACUGGAGGCGGAGUUGACAACUCUGAAGAUCCUGUGUAUGAGAGCCUAGAGGAGUUCCACGUUUUUGUCCUGGCACAUAUAUUAAGGCGACCGAUUGUUGUAGUUGCAGACACAAUGUUACGAGACUCGGGAGGAGAAGCAUUUGCACCAAUUCCAUUUGGUGGAAUUUACUUGCCUUUGGAAGUCAUGCCUAACCGAUGUCAUUGCUCACCUCUAGUCCUUGCCUAUGAUCAAGCGCAUUUCUCCGCUCUUGUGUCUAUGGAGCAAAAAGAUCAACAAAGGGAACAAGCGGUGAUCCCUCUGACUGAUUCUGAACACAAGUUACUACCUUUGCACUUUGCGGUUGAUCCUGGGAAAGAUUGGGAGUGGGGGAAGGAUGACAAUGAUAACUCCAAGCUGGCCAAUUUGAUUCUGUCUCUGGAGGCAAAGCUUAAUCUUCUGCACAGUUACAUGAAUGUAACCUGGAUACGCAUACCAUCGGAAACACGGGCUCCUCUGGCUCAGCCAGAAUCUCCUACUGCGUCAGCAGGAGAGGAUGUUCAGUCUCUCGCUGAUUCCAUGGACUCCGACAGGGAUUCCAUCUGCAGCAAUUCUAAUGGCAAUAAUGGGAAAAAUGGGAAAGAGAAAGAAAAGCAAAGGAAGGACAAAGAAAAAAACAGGGCUGAUUCAGUUGCUAACAAACUUGGGAGUCUCAGUAAAACUCUAGGCAUCAAGCUAAAGAAGAAUAUGGGUGGGCUUGGGGGACUAGUGCAUGGCAAAAUGAGCAGAGCAAAUUCAGGAAAUGGGAAAAAUGGGGAGAUCAUUGAGAAAGUCAAAGAGAAGAAGUCUAAGUCACGCAAAGGAAGCAAAGAAGAAUCUGGCCAGUCUGCAAGCACUUCUCCAUCUGAAAAGACAACCCCCUCUCCCACGGAAAAGACAAGCAUUUCGCCUGUUGAAAAAAUGAAUUCUAAAUCCCCUUCAGAUAAACAGUCAGACCCAUGGAAGUACAGUACUGAUGUGAAGCUGAGCCUCAACAUCUUGAGAGCCGCCAUGCAAGGGGAGCGGAAGUUCAUCUUUGCUGGCCUCCUCUUGACCAGCCAUAGACAUCAGUUCCAUGAGGAGAUGAUUGGCUAUUACUUGACCAGCGCCCAGGAGCGCUUUAGUGCUGAACAGGAGCAGAAGAGGAAAGAGGCAGAGAAGAAGGCUACUCUCAAUGGAUCGUCAUGCAGGAAACUGGAGCAAGAAAUGUACUCAAAAGAGAAGUUGGAAUCAUCUCCUCAGGGAAGGGCAUCACCAGUCUUGCCUCAAAGCCAUACGACUCAACUGGUUUUAAAGUUUAAAGACCGUACUAGUCCCACACCAGGGUCAUUUUCGUCACCUACCAUUGGUGCCAAGAAAAGUGGACCCAUUCCAUUGUCUGCCCACUAUAGCCAUACACCCCCUGUUCAGAGGCAAAGUGUCAUCCACUUGCACGAUGUCAAUUCCAAGCCAUCAAGCUUCCAGGAUGAUACCUACAAGCCAGUGGUUGGCACCUUAAAAACAUGUGCCACAUAUCCCCAACAGAACCGGUCAUUGUCUUCACAGAGCUAUAGCCCAGCCCGAAUAGCAGGCAUCCGUACGGUCAACACAGUGGAGUCACUGACCUAUGUUAUGCCUACGGACCACAAGUCACAAACAUAUACUAAUGGGUUUAAUACCAGUGACAUCAGAGACUGCUUGGAAUAUGCUGAUGAGGAUGCACCACAGACCUGGUUGAACAAUGACAAAAAUCGAGGCAGGAGCACAAUUAGCCCAAUAUAUUCAAUCCAGCAGAACCGCUGCAAGAAAGAGAACUGCUCUUUUUAUGGUCGCCCCGAGACUGAAAACUAUUGUUCCUACUGCUAUAAGGAGGAGCUGAAACGCAGGGAGCAAGAAAGUAAGGGGCACCGACAUUGAAGGUGAUGGAGCUCCUCCCAUGAAUAUUUAUUUCCUCCAUUUUAUUACUUGUAAGGUAUGUGGCAAUGGAUUACAGGAGGAAGGAAGAGAGAAUCCUGCAGAGGGAUCUGUGGGGAGAAAGGUCCAGCUUAUUUGUUUUUCCCCUGCAGCAAUGAAAAACUAAGAAUUUAUUUAUCAUAAAGAGUUUAUUAUUUUCCAUUUUGUCAGUGUCUUUUUUACAUACACUGGUAAGCUGAAAGGUUCUUUACUCCUUUGUCAGUGCUGUGUAUACGUUUGGUCAAAAUUUUUCUAAUGGUGCCUGAAUUUACACUGACAUCACUCAGGUAGUAGGAAGAUAGGGAAAAAGUCAUAAUAACUGGAAAUGUGGUAUUGUAAUAAGAUGUGUCUGUCUCAUUCUUUAGAGCCAUCUCAGUUGGAGAAAUAUAACUUUUUCAUAGCUCUUUCCUCUUCCUUUAAAAAUUGGGGGAAGUAAUUUGCGUAUAGUUCAUACUAACAUGCUAACAUCCUUGCUUGUAUUAUUUUAGUAGUCCUGUUUUCUCCACAGAUACACAAAUGAAAGCCUGGAUUCAUUAGCAAGCUUCUCUUACAAAACACAUAUUCUUGGUUUUAUUGAUGUAAGCAAACUCCAGUUUUGUACUGCACAGAAUGUCCAAGAAAGAAAUGUGCUUAUCCUCCAGAUGACAUAUCUAUUUUAUUUUUAGACAGGACUCAAGCCCUUAUGGUUGAAAAUAAGUACUUUACAAUUCAACAGUUGGGCUAUUGGAUGACGAAACAACUGCCUCAAUAGCUUUGUCUUACACCUGUCUUAAACCUCAUUCAGUGCAACCACAUAGCUAAGGGCCCUGUAUCUCACUGAUCAUAUCCUUUCCUUGGUCGUUUUGGCCAGUUUAUCGACACUGCUUAUUGGAACCACAUUAUUUAGCUAUUAAUUCCCAAGAAUUAAAGAACUGAAAUAUUGGCAUAUGGAAGCCUUCAUAUUUUUUAUUAUUCAUAUAGCACAAUGUAGAGCUGCUACCUCUUUGCAGAGAAGACAAAAAUUGUUAUUGUUAAUUUGCACAUGUGUUGCAGGCAACUCCCUGUUUGCACAGGAGUUGUAUUCCGGGUCAUUGCGCACAUCAGCUGAAAACGAAACAUCAGCAGUCACACAUCAAUUGGACAUGCACAAAAUGGUCUUAAACACUUACAAGGACAGCUCAUGGAUUUGUGUUUAAAGUC